AUGAGCUACACCAGUUUCACUGACAUCAAAUCUGUCAAGGAAUUAAAUGACUUUUUAGCUGACAAAUCUUACAUUCAAGGUACUUCAGUUACUCAAGCUGAUGUUGCUUCUUACAAAGCUUUCCAAAAGGAAUUCCCAUACUUUGCUAGAUGGUUCAAUCACAUUGCUUCUUUUACCGAAGAAUUUAACACUGUUCCAGCUGCCAAAAAAGAACCAAAACUAGUUUCUGCUGCCGAAGAAGAAGAUGAUGAAGAUGUUGAUUUAUUCGGUUCCGAUGAUGAAGAAGAAGAUGCUGCCGCUGCUAAAUUAAGAGAAGAGCGUUUGGCUGAAUACGCUGCUAAAAAGGCUUCCAAAGGUCCAAAACCAGCUGCUAAAUCCAUUGUUACUUUAGAUGUCAAACCAUGGGAUGAUGAAACUAACUUAGAAGAAUUGUUAGCCAAUGUUAAGGGCAUCACUCAAGAUGGUUUAACCUGGGGUGGUCACUCCUGGGUCCCAGUUGGUUUCGGUAUUAAAAAAUUACAAAUCAAUCUUGUUAUUGAAGAUACAAAGGUUUCCUUAGACGAUUUGCAACAAUUAAUCGAAGAAGAUGAAGACCAUGUUCAAUCAACUGAUGUCGCUGCUAUGCAAAAAUUAUAA